UGUACGAGCAAGAUGGCGAAGUGUCCGUCAUAGGCGGACGUUCGUUAAAAGAGUUGACGUUACUCAUGCUGCGUAGAAAUCAUUGUUUCUCGGAAAAAUUGAAAGCAUGGAAUUGUUCCGUACUGACACUCAUUUCAUUUUCGUGAAAGAAAGGCAUAGCCUGUGGUGUGACAAGUUCUCGGGAGAAUUCUCUGCUAAAUCGGAUUGGGAAUGGGCUUCCCCAAAAGAUUUAGAAUGUCUUGGAGUGUUUUAUGGAAUAGUUGGCAAAAUAGAACAGCCAUCUGUUCUGGAACCUCGUUUAAUGUUGAUCAAAGAAAUCUCACCAGCUGGAGAAUUAUAUGGAGGCCACAUUGUAUACAAGAUUAAAUCUAUUGCAUUUUUGCAUAUUGGCACAGAAAAUAAUGAUAUUGGACUUUUGCCAUGCAAGAAACAUCAGAAUUUACCAAAGAAAAAAAGCCAGGGUGGCUUAUUUGAUGGACCACAGAAAGCAGCUUUUGCUAAAACAUGGGGUACCAUUAAAAGUGCAACAAGUACCAUCAAAAAUACCACUCAACAAGCUGCUGCACUUGCAACAUCUCAGGUAAAAUCUACAGUAACUAAGAAAAACAUUCUUAAAGACAAGGAAAGAUUUGAAAAGAGAAUUCUGGAAGAAUUGUGCAAAAUUUUUACAGAAACAGAUUCCUUUUAUUUCUGUCAAACUGGUGACAUUACUAAUAGCCUACAGAGACUUUGCAUUGCAGAACAACAGAAAAAUGAAGAAGAAUUAAAUAAACCGCUUUGGCAAAGAGUAGAUGACAGAUUUUUCUGGAAUAAACAUAUGCUACAAGAUAUAAUCAAUUUGAAAACAGACAAAGCAACUUGUUGGAUAUUGCCAGUUAUUCAAGGAUAUGUGCAAAUAGAGAAAUGCAAAGUAGAAGUGGGUAUUGAUGAUCAGCCUCAACAUGAAACCUUUAACUUAGCUAUUAUAUCAAGGAGAAGCAGAUUUCGUGCGGGCACGAGAUAUAAAAGGCGAGGUGUCGAUGACGAAGGCAAAUGCGCAAAUUAUGUAGAAACAGAGCAACUAGUUUGGUACCAUGAUCACCAAGUAUCUUUUGUACAAGUAAGAGGCAGUGUACCUGUAUAUUGGUCUCAACCUGGUUACAAAUACAAGCCUCCACCGCGUAUUGAUAAAGAUGAAGCAGAGACACAAGUUGCAUUUGAAAAACACUUCAGCGAAGAACUUGCUUUGUACGGACCGAUUUGCAUUGUCAAUCUCGUAGAGCAAACCGGGAAGGAGAAGAUCAUUUGGGAAACUUACAGUAAUCAUGUUCUUAAUUACAAUCAUCCCGACAUAACGUACACGAGUUUUGAUUUCCACGAGUAUUGUCGAGGAAUGCAUUUUGAAAACGUGUCUAUUCUGGUCAAUGCGUUAGCUACAGUAUUGACAGACACGAAGUAUUGUUGGCGCGAUAAGCAAGGCACAAUUUGCAUGCAGAAGGGAGUGUUUCGGGUGAAUUGCAUAGAUUGUUUAGAUAGAACGAACGUGGUACAAACCGCUUUGGGUAAAGCUGUCAUGGAAAUGCAGUUUUCGAAGCUAGGUCUAAUACCGCCAGACGGAACGUUACCGACAAAUAUCAGACAAACGUUUCAAUUACUUUGGGCCAAUAAUGGCGAUAUUAUCAGUAAACAGUAUGCUGGUACAAACGCUCUGAAGGGAGAUUAUACAAGAACAGGGGAAAGAAAAUUUACUGGUUUAAUGAAAGAUGGCAUGAAUUCUGCGAACAGAUAUUUUCAACAACACUUUAUGGAUGACAUACGUCAAGCGGCAAUAGAUACCAUGCUAGGGAAUCCUAACGACGUUAAUCAACUGAAUACCGAUUGGUCGCACUAUUUACGCAUCCUAGAUUAUUGCUGCGUUGAGUUGAUACCCGCGAAACCACCAAAUAUAGAGCUUCAACUAGCUACUUAUCCUGACUUUCUUUAUGCCAGUGCUAUGUAUAAUUUAGCAAGAUACUAUUUGAAUCGUUUCAAAGAUGUUUAUAGGCAAGCUACAAUUGAUAUGAUGUUAGGGAACGCUGUAAGCGAGGAAGUAUUUCUAGAGCGUACCGAAGAGGAAGACAACGCUGCUACAGCUGUUCAUGUGAAAUUGUUGAUAGAGGAUUGCAAGAAACUACUUAUACCUGACCCUGAAGUUAUUUUAGGCAGUUGGGGUCUUAUAGAUGCUGAUCCUGUAACUGGUGAUCCAACAGAAACAGAGAUGGACACUAUUUUAAUAUUGACACGCGACAGUUACUAUAUCGCUGACUACGAUGACCAGAUUGAUAAAGUAACAAACUACCAAAGAGUUCCACUUGAAGACAUCAUAUUGAUUGAAUUUGGCCAGCCAGAAAGUUCAGUCUCGCUCUUUAAAAAUAAGCAUUUCUACUGCAUUAGAAUAAAUUAUAAGAUGGCCAACGAGUACGGCUAUUUUCACAUGUUUCGCAGUACAAACUUACGGUUUUUCAACAACAUGGCCGUUGUUGUGAAAACCGAAGAGGAAAGUAUAGAGUCCUUAAAAGCAAUCUGCGAGGCUAUUUCUGUAGCGAUGGAAAUAGCUGGCUUACCAAAGAUUACCAUAGCAAUGAACGUCACGUUAGAUAGACGAAAGAGUAAGUUAGUGAACAGUAGAGGAUCUACUGGUCUACUGGAUAUAUCAUCCUUUCCGGAGUUGACCAGAAACGUUUCAGAGACUCAAUUACUAGCUCUUAAAAGCGCAGGAACAAAAGCUUUAAGCAACAUGUCUGAGCAAUUUAGCAAAUUAAAUAAGUUAAGUCAUAGCUUUAGUGCCAGGAAACCGAUCGACUUAGCUAGAAGCAUCGGAAGGAAGACUGAGACCUCAUCGAAGCCUACUUUUACCGUUGGAAAUAGAGACAUUUCUGGGAAAGUACAAGGAAAACACCAUAGCAGUAGUAGCAGUAGCGACGAUGAAGAUACAAAGAUUUCAACUGUUCCUUUAGAGAAACCAGAAAAUUUCCGUCACGAUAAGAAUUUGAUGGAAGCUUACACUCCAUCCAUUGGUAUCAUAAUGGGUGUGAAAAAUUCUGAUGUAAUGAAAAACGACAAUGACACCAAUGAUCAAAAUUUAUCGUUAAGACCAAAUAAAUUGUCUGAACAGUGUUCCAUUGGAGAAGCACUGGCGGUUCCACAGCCUGGCUCUGGAACCAGCACUCUGAGUGCUUCUCCGCAAAGGACUGUGGCAACAACGCCGGAAAUAAACGUGACUGGACCUUUAAUCGAGGAUAAGGAGAAAUUAAUUCCACCAACGACACUGAAUCUUUCCAAGAAUAUUAGUCAUUCAACUGGAGAAGUUGAUAGCAAAAUAAUACUCAGCAGUAUGGACGGUAACACGUUGCAAACUGAUAGCAGGAUGCAAGAUAAGAAGAGGUCAACGUCCGAGCAAGAUUUAACUCUGAACAUCACAUCAUCUCAGAGUGAAUCUGCUUUGAAAUCUAUUAAGACCAAUCUUACUAAUGUUACAAGUCCAGUGGCAACUACUGCCAAGGAUAUUCUAUCGCCUUUCUCGAAAUUCGCCAAAGGCAUGCAAAAUUUAGGGGCAAAUUUAGAUCCUAGAAAAUUAAAGUCAGGGCAGGUAGGAUUGUUGAAGAAUCUCUCGGAUCAUCACAUGGAACAACGUCAGAAGUUGGAAGAGAAAUGGGGUUCGUGUCAAUCUAAACUUAUUGCUUUAUAAAGUUUUUGAGGAUAGUUUACAAUCUAUAUGUGUCUGAUAGAGUGAUCAUAAUACAUUGUUAAGGAGUACACAGCGAAAGCCAAACGAUUCAAACACGAGUGCAUUAGAUAGUAUAUAUAGAUAUGAGGAUAAGAGUUUCCAACUGAACUUUAUAUUUAGCAUUUUCCCGAGCAUAGCGUUAUAAGAGAAUCAUGUUUUCUUUUUAUUAUAAUCUCAGUGCACACGUCUUUAAAACUAUUUUAUUAAUUUCAACUUGAAUUACUGCCAACAUGCUAAAAUAUUGCAUAAAGAAGAGAGUUUUAAGAAUCUUCUCUAUUGAAAAUUACUUCUCAAAAGUACAAUGUGGUCAAUACUCAAUCUACAGAAAUCUAUUUGGUGUGUCUAUUUACAAAUUUUCUAUUAUUCUACAUGGAGAAAAAAUGAUCAGCUCUUGGCGCCUAAACGAACUUAAAAAUGCUUUCGGCGUAUUUAUACAAAAGUUUCUCAUCGCGACAGCCUUUGUAUGGAUUUUACGAAACAAGAAUCUUAGUAUUGCAUUUAGAUGCUAGAUACCGUAAUGGUGAAUUUACCAAAACCAAAUGUAUGCUUUGUACGAUGAAAUUUAAACCUGGCAUUCUUUGAAAGCUUCAGUGCUUGCUGCAUAAUCAAAUUUUCUUAAUUAUUUUAUUUACAUGUAAUAUAAGUUAUAAUUAUCAUUUUUCCUAUAAACGUUUAGAUCAAUGUGUAUUUGUAUAUUUAUAAAUACGACGCUGAAAAUCUAUUUAUGCAGCAAGUUCAAUUACAGAAGCUUUGUAGUCAAUUAUGUAUAUAUAAAAAAAAUGAUUUUAAUGUAGUUUAAUGAAUAAUUGCUAAUUAAUGUGAAAGUAUGAUGGCAAGAUGAGAAAGGGAAACGUUUGUUUUUAGAUAUGUGUACAACAUGCAAAUUAGUAUUGAUAAUUCUUAGUGAGAUAUAUAUCUAGAAACUGGAGAGCAAAAAGUUAGCAAAUGAAUCUUAAGAACUACUGUAAUAUGAAAGCUGAUAUAAGUUUGAGAGUUAUUUUGGAUAUAUGUACGACACAAACGUGCUUUGUUCGAAAUGUUAUAUUCCUUUUCAUAUUGAAUUCCAAUUGAAACAUAUAAGUGAUUCCAUAAAAACAGACAAAAAAAAAACACAGUAUUCAUACAAAUGCAUAGUUGCAGUAUUAUGUAUAUUAUAUUUAACUGAAUAUAUUUAAAAAAUUGUGUAUAUGCAAUAUGCAUCUAAAUUAUGAAAAAAAAAAAAAUACACAUUGUUAUUUAAUAUUCUAUGUAUAACGAUUUAGACCAAACAAUAUGAAUUAUGAUUUUAUAUAGAUAGUUAAUCUCUUGUAUAUAUCAGUAAUUUAACUUUAAUUAUAGUGCUCUAAAUAUUUCAUAGCUGCACAGACACAUGGUAGAAUUAUUACAAGUAAGGUUUUUAGUGAAUGUUUUUUCCAAUUGCAAAUGGAUAGUCUGUGAUAUAAUCUAGCAGAAUAAACACAGCCUGAAUAACAAAAAUAAGAAAAAAAAAGAGGUGUGUUAAUUCUGUAGAUCGUUUAGAAAUGCUUUAAAGUACACAAAAGAUAAAGUUGUUUUCACUGCGUUAGUAAAAUUUAUUACAAGAGAUUUACGUUUGUCCAUUCAUUCUAGGUAAAUUAGCUUAUUUUUUUAAUGUAAUUUUAACAACUUGUGAAAUAUUUAUUUAUUGAUACAGUAUUAUAGCUAUUGUUAAAAAAAAAAAUGGAAUCUAUAUUUUUGUUCCUUUUUUCAUAUUAAGAUAUUGUAUGGUCCAAUUAAAGUUGAACACUCGAAUAUUAUAAUAUAUAUAUUAUUAUCUGUAUUUUUACAAUAGCACAUUCUAAACAAUCAUGACAAACAACGCACGAAAAUGUUUAAUAGCCUGUAGAGGCUUAAAUUGCCUUAUAUAUUAGCAGUUACAUUUUUGAAAACAUAUGUAUACAUGUGAUAAAGCAAGCAACAUAGCAAUUGUAGAAAAGAUAAAGUUAUAAUAAAAUGCAAUGAACUAAA